CUUCAGGCAGGUAAUAAUACAAAGCUUCUGUCUGUAACUGGCAUCAGGCUGCUGAGGACGAGCUGCUACAGAUAAACUGAAGUUUGGAGUCAAACAUGGUGCUGGGACUCUUAAGGGUUUCCUGGAUCUGUCUGCUGUUAAUUAGCAGUGGGGCUUGUUUUCCUGCAACAAAAGGAGACUACAGAUAUCCCUACACUGCUACCGGGAGCUCCGGUGGUGGUUCUGGAUCAAACUUUGAGUCUGGCAGUUCACGUCCCCCUCUGUUGUCCCUGCAGCCUGACGCAGACCAACAGCCCAGGUCUCCCACUGGAAACCAGUUUUCUCCCAGUGCACCUGCUGUCUCCUCACUGAGUUAUGAGCCCAACAGUUUUAUUGUCUCCAGUGCUCCUGAAGUUCAAUCCCCAGGUGCUGGGUACGUCAGCCCUCCUAUUGUAGCUGGCAAGAAGGCUCCUAGCCUCUCUCUGCAGCCCCUGCCUGUUUCUGGCACUAGCAGCACAAACACUGGCACAGCAACCGCUCUUUAUGCUAACGCUCCUGCAGCCUUCGGGUUUGGUGAUGGACCCGUUGCUUAUGCUAACGCUCCUGCAGCCUUCGGGUUUGGUGCUGGACCUGCUUCUUACGCUAACGCUCCUGCAGCCUUCGGGCUUGGUGCUGGACCUGCUUCUUAUGCUAACGCUCCUGCAGCCUUCGGGUUUGGUGCUGGACCUGCUUCUUAUGCUAACGCUCCUGCAGCCUUCGGGUUUGGUGAUGGACCUGUUCCCUAUGGAAGUCCAUCCAGUGCAGGGGGAGCUCACGCCUUAUUCUAUGCCCUAAGCAGCAGGAUGCCAUCUCGUCCUUUCCCAGACUUCAGUGCCUGGGAGUCUAACGUUGAGGCGCCGCAGAGCAUGAGUGAGACGUCCCCUCUGCCACCUUCAUCCUACAUCAUCCAGUCCAGCAAUGGCUACCAACGAGCAAGAGAGCUACUCUCCCACACUGACUACUCCCCAUAUUACCCUCCACCACCCCCCUUGCCCUCCAAGCCCCUCGAUGUUCCAAGCAAGUCAGCACCAAUGACUGGGUCCAAAGGAGGAAAGAAGGCCUAUCGAGGGUAACCUUGGUGACAGAUCCUCAGUAGAUGCUUGUAAAAUGAUUUCCACAUGUGGAUGAGUGUUUGUAAAGUGCUUAAUAAAAAUUAGACCAUGA